AUGGAACACGAUCAGUCUCUUGUGAUCCUGCCACACUUUAAUGGAAAUAACUAUGCUUACUAUAAGGUUAGGAUGAAAGCCUUCUUGAAAUCCAUUGAUGAGAGAGUGUGGCUCUCUAUUGAGAAUGGUUGGGAAAGACCAACCACUGCUAUUGGUGAAUGGACUACUACGCAAAAGGAAGCAACAAGCUUCAAUAGUAAGGCUAUGAAUGCGAUAUUCAAUGCUGUUUCCAUGGAAGAGUUUAAGAGAAUCUCAAAUGUGGAGAUUGCUUACACUGUAUGGAACAUUUUGCAAACAAUGCAUGAAGUUUAUGAUCAACAUAAAAUUGUUAGGAAAAUUCUUAGAUCUUUGAUGGAGGAAUUUAGACCCAAAGUGACUGCCAUAACUGAAAGUAAAGAUGUUGAUUCUAUCCCUAUAGAUGAACUUGUAGGAUUUCUGCAGUUCUAUGAAUCUGACUUACCAAAGACUAAUAAAUCCAAAUCUAUGGCUUUAAAAAUUGCUGAUGAUGUUGAAGAUUGUGGGUUUGAUAAUAAACUCUCAUCUACUGAGAUUGCUUAUCUUGCCGAAAACUUUAGAAAUUUUCUGGGAAAUAAUAAUAGGAGGGCAAGAAAUAGAAACACUACUAAAAACAAUAAUGCUGAAAAAUCUAAAGAUAGAGUAGAUCAAUCUUCAAAUAAUUCUUUAAGACAACAAUGUUAUGGUUGUCAAGGUUAUGGUCAUAUGAAAUCUAAGUGUCCAACUUUCUUGAAGUCAAAAGGUAAGAUUAUGGUUGUUACUUUGAGUGAUGAUGAAGUUUCUGAUCAUGAGUUUGAAAAUGAUCAAGAAAGAAAUUUCAUGGCUUUCACUGCUACUGCAAUAGUAAGUGAAAUUGAGACUGUUGAUGAGAACCCUUCUGAUGGGGAACUCUUUGAGAAUGCAUAUUUGCAAGAAGCUUGUAACAAGCUUUGCAAGAUAGUAGCUAAAGAUGCUAUGAGUGUUGAAAUAGGUCUGAAAAAGAUAAACACUCUUGAACAAGAAAAGAAGAAUUUGCUGCUAAAGUUGUUUGAUGCUAAUGAACUCUUGAACUCUGUUAAGAUUGAGAACAUGUCGUUGGAAAAAGUUAAAAGUUUAGAAUUAGAAUUAUCAAUUGCUAGAGAUCAAAUAGAUAGAACUUCUACCUCUAAACUAGAUGAGAUGUUGCAUGUUCAAAAUUCUGUUUCUAAUAAGACUGGUCUAGGGUUUGUUGAGAAUGAUCUAUAA